AUAUUCUAAUGUCCGCGAUCAAAGGGCGCCGGGAAAUUCAUUAUUUCAUACAUAGCACUUUUGAAUUAUACAAAAGCAAAUAAGCUAAAAAAUUCUCAAGGACUUCCUGCAUCAAAGAGAGAGCAUGUGGAAGUGAAAUCAUAGACACGAGAAACAAAUUCAAGCACAUCGUAGAUAGGCCCAUUGAACUGACUCUUGAAAGCGCUAUUGUGACAUGGCCAAGGAGAACACAAAAGUUUUGUGCAAGUUGAAGGCAUUAUGUUAUAACAGAUAAGUUUUUUUUUUAAUGAAAAUUUAAAAUUUUAGAUAUAAGCCAAAUCAACGUUAGCAAAUAAAAUUAGCUACACAUGUACAAUUAUAAGACUCUGUCAUCUGUAUAGCAACAACCUUUACUCGUGAUUAUGGCAGUCAUCCCUGGUGCUAAGAAUUAUUCCUAUUUAAAGGAUUAUCAUGUAGGCAGAGAACUCGGAAGUGGAAAUUUUUCGGUGGUAAAAUGUGUGAAGAAGAAGCGUACCAACGAGGAAUAUGCUGCAAAAGUUAUACAGUGCAGCAGUCAGUCUGAAAAGUCAGAUGUGCUACAAGAAGUGCAGGUUAUGAGAGAAGUACAGGGUCAUCCUAAGAUUAUUCAAUUGAUAGAUAUCUAUGAUACGAAAGAUGAAGCGGUGCUUAUAUUAGAGCUGGUGAAAGGAGGUGAAUUGUUUGACAGGAUUGUCGAGAACAAGUAUUACAGCGAGAGGCAUGCGGCGCAAUUGAUUUAUCAAAUAGCAUCUAUAGUGAGCUAUUUGCACCAGAAAAAUAUUGUGCAUCGUGAUUUGAAGCCAGAAAAUCUUUUGUUCGAGGAUAAGAAGUCCGACACGUUGAAGCUGUGCGAUUUUGGAUUGGCGAAGAAAUUGGAGCCAGGUGAGGUAUUACACGAAUUAAUGGGAUCUAUGAUGUAUCUUGCGCCUGAAGUGUUGGAAUUUGGAGGUUAUGACAGAACUGUUGAUAUGUAUAGCAUCGGCGUCAUUUUGUACAUCCUGUUGUGUGGAUAUCCGCCGUUUGAAAGAGAAGCAGGAAUUGUGGAUUUAGAGUUUUUAUCGCCUGAUUGGGAUGGGAUAGCGGAUUCUGCAAAGGAAUUGAUAUCGAAUUUGUUGAGCAAUGACCCAUCGAAGCGUCCGACCGCUGAUGAGAUGUUGAAGCAUCCGUGGGUACUAGGAAAAAGAACGACUGAUAAGACAUUGAAUCAGACGAUUAGGAAGAUGGCGAUGUUUAAUACGGUUAGACGUCAGCCCGGAAUGACUAUGCGUCGGAAAGAUGCCAACACCAAAAAGCCUGUAUUUAACAUUUUUGAUGCACCGUCAUCCAACGAAGAGAAUUUGGAGCCUGGAGAAAAAGAGCAGCUUAUGCAAUCAACAAAUUCGAAGAAAGAUUUUUAUGAAGGCGUUGAGGUGGCACCUCUCGAUAGAACAUCAUCUCGUCAACGAUCUGACGCAUGUGUGCCUUGCAGCGACUCUAAUCCUUCGGUUAUGACUGAGGUGAAGAAAGAUCAUGGUACAUCCCCAUCAGGUAGACGAGUAAAAAAUACGUUGUCAAGCGAUAGGGCGCCGAAUCUUUCGAAGAAGAAAUCCCCUGGCUCGUCGAAGAGGAGAUUUGCUGACCUGCAAGAACAAAUCAAGCAAAAGGAUCAAGAAUUGAAAUCAAUGCAGGAGGCGUUGGCGCAGAUGACUAACAAUUACAGCAUGGCAACGCAAACAAUUGAAGCGAUGCAAAUUGAACUAAAGAAGAAUAACGAACACAAAUCCUGUAUAAAUGCAAGGGUGGAGUUGGAGAAGAAUUACCAGGGGGCCUUGGAGAAGAUCAGGAAGUCAGAGGAAUUUGCGUCUAAAUGUCAGCAGGAGAAGGAAAUGUACGAGAAAGAGCUAUUAGAGGUCAAGCAAGACUUGAACCGAAGAGUUUUGAAGAUAAAUGUCGAGACUAUAGUGGCAGAUAGACUAGAGAGCAAGAAAAUCAAAGAGCUGGAAGCUCAAAUCAAAGAGCUAGAAGCUCAAUUGGAAGAGAUGAAGAAAAUCUGAAUCUUAAAAUACCUUUUGAAGCGAAUAAAAUAGUGUGUACGGCGUGUAUUAUACGGCAGAACAUA